UCUGAUACGACUUUCAGACUCUCAGUGGGCCGCCAACUUAGGCUCCGCCUUAUCCUCCCUUUCCUCGGAAUUAGCCAAUUGGGCGUUAAUGAGAAAACCAGCUCUGAGCCCUGACCAACCAAGUCAGAGUUCAGAGUGAGGGGCAGGCAGACCUGAGGCAGGAAAUAAAAUCAAAAAGGAAUACCUGUUUCCUGUGCCGUGGCCCAGGAUUCCAGCUGGAGGAGCACCCUUCUCGCAGGCGUCCAUCUGCUGUGCUGGUCCAGUUCUGAGUGUUUGUCUCAUUCCUGCCACAUCGUUGACAGCAUUCUGACAGGCCGGAGAGGAGCGAGAUGUUCCGUAAGGUGAAGGACGCCAGGAAGCCGCCCGAGAUGUCCCUGAGGGUGGAGGACGCCAUGAAUCUGCUGAGCGACAUCUGGAAUGCGGAGCAGAUGAAGGCAGCCUUCAAAAACGUGAAGCAGUCCCUCCUGGUCACCGGCGUCAUGAUGGUACUCGGAGCCAUAGUCAUGGGCCCGCCAGGACUAGCCGCUGGGGGCGGCGUCGGGGGAUGCUUAUCAUUCUGGAUGUCGAGGGGGAAGUUUAAGUCCGUCCCUCAGAUCCUCAAGGAGCUGCCACCUGCCGAGAAGGAGAAGCUACGCCGCAGGGUCAGGGACAUCGUCAGGAACCUGGAGUGGACAGACGCCGUGCAGCUGACCAAGAUGGUCAUGGCCAAUGAGGCCGUGCAGAAGCAGCUGCUGAAGCUGAUCAUACACUAUGACAUCUAGAAGCUGUGAGCCACAGUGCAGUACGGGGACUAGGCUCGGCGGGGGGCUUAUCUCGGGGAGACCUGGGGGGCAGGGGCCCUGUGCUGGGUCCUGUUCUGCAAAGUGAAGGUUAAAGAGAAUAAAACGAGCUGAGAGAAGCUCACGGUGCUGAGCGGA